ACCAAGCUUCUGUGCCUUCAAAGAAUCAUUAGUAAGCUUAACUAAGAAGCAGGCAAACAGUGUGUAAAAGCACAGGAAAAUGGGAAGGAAGAGAAAGGUUGCUGCAGAAGUUAGAGAGAGGAAUCCAUCUGAGGAAAACUUGGCAUGGAAUGAGGUGAUGAAGGAACCUGCUACACCUGGAAGUGCCAAAAGAUCCAGAAAAAGAUUUGUUGGGGUGAGACAAAGGCCAUCAGGAAGAUGGGUAGCUGAGAUAAAAGAUACCAUUCAGAAGAUAAGGGUGUGGUUAGGCACUUUUGAUACAGCUGAGGAAGCUGCAAGAGCCUAUGAUGAGGCUGCUUUCAUGCUUCGUGGUGCCAACACUAGAACAAACUUUUGGCCUUGUUCUCAACCUUCAUCAACUCCUGCUCUUCCCUCAAAGAUUACAAAUCUCCUCCUUCAAAGGCUUAAAGCAAGGAAUAAUGGCAAUAAUAAUAAUAAUAACAAUCCUUGCUCUUUUUCUGCUUCUUCAACUUCCUCCUCAAAUUCUUUUUCUUUCAACAACCAACAAAAGCAACAAGUAGAUGUUUAUGGAACUGAACCAAAAUCUUUCUCAAUGGACCAAUUCACUGAUUUCCUUAAUGACCCUGAAGAUUAUGGCACAAGCAACAACGAAUUCAGUGAUAAUAGUGCACAAAUUGACUACAUCACAAAUAGUUUUGAAUCAUGUUUAGCUGGAAAAGAUGAUUGUAGGGAAAAAGAAAUGGGUAUGGAAUGCAAUUUCAGCAGUGUGGCACAAACAACAUCAAAUGCUGAUUGCAGUUCAGGAGGGGAAAGAGAGGGAGACAAUGAAGAAGGCAUUUGUUUGAGUGCCAAGGAUUUUCAGUUCUUGGACAAUGUUGUUCCAUCUAAUUACUAUUAUUCUCCUUUUGAGAUUGCUGAAGAAAUUGAGGAACCUUUGGAACCAGAGAACUAUAGUGAUGAGCCUUCAAUGUUAAGAGCUGUCAUGAAGAGAAUGAAAUAUGAGAGAAAGUUCUCAGCUUCCCUUUAUGCCUUCAAUGGAAUAACUGAGUGCUUGAAGUUGAAACUGGAAUCGGGAAACAAAAAUGGAAGAGGGGCUUCUAGUCAACUAACCAGCCUCAAGAUGGCUUGUAGCAAAAACAAGAUUGAGGCUAAUAAGAAGAAUGAAGAGUACAUGGGAGCAAUGGAUAGGAAAGACGAAGAAAAACCACAAACAUCAAUUGGCAUGGAUUGCUCCUCCCCCACUUUUGCAUCCAGUAUUGAUGGGGAACUCUUACUUUGGAAUUCACUUGAUCUUCCUAGUAUUUGCUUUGUUAACUAGCUGCUAUUCAAUUAGUUUCACUCAUUUUUCUGUAACCUCAAUGUAUGCUAAGCAACAUGUGUGGUGGUAACAUCAGAUUUAUUUAAUUAUAAAAAA